GCAUUCGAGAAUCCCAAAAAACGAUCUCAAAUUAAUGCUGUGAAAAUUGAAUUUUAGUUGCAAAUAAGUGUGGCAAGAAAGUGAAUAUUGAAAAAUGCGCACAGCUCUGAGUCGGUGCUCAAAGUUUCAAUUGCUGUGCAGCAAAUACAAUAACGGCAAUCACAAGGACGUCGCAACCUAAAGUUGCAACAACCAAUAAUACACAAACAACUACCGUAAAACUGAACCAGUCGCGGUCGCAACCAGUGCAAAAUGUCGUCCGACACCAAUUCGUGCGAAAGAUUCUAUGCCCAGGAGCAUACCAAUGCUGCAACGUUGUCGCACUACUUUCAACAGUUCAACACGCAGGUGGCAGCAGCAACGUCCGCCAGCAACAACAACAACAACAGCAGCAGCGGCAGCAGCAACAACAGCAACAACAACAAUAAGAGCACCAAUGGCAACAACAACAACAACAGCAGCAGCUGCAGCAGCGGCAACAGCGACAGCGGCAACGAUGGCAGCAUGACGGGCUCAACGGCAACAUUGGACAACCAUCGCAGCAGCGUCGGCAGCAAUGAUUCCGGCAAGAGCAGCAGCUCGGGCGGCGGCGGUGGCGGAGUUGUUGGCUCCUCGUCGGCAGCAGCAGCGGAUGCAUGGAAUUUGCAACAGCAGCAAACGGCCGCAUUGCAUCACCAUCAGCAACAGCAGCAGCAGCAACAGCAGAAGCAGCAUGCACAGCAGCAACAGCAGCUGCAGCAGCAUCAUCACGCCACGCACCAACAUGCACAUCAGCAACAGCAGCAGCAGCAACAACAACAGCAGCAACAGCAGCAUCCUCAUCAUUCACUUGGACACAAUCCGCACUUGCAUCCGCAUCACCCUCAUCAACAACAACAGCAACAACAGCAGCAACAACAACAGCAGCAGCAGCAGCAACAACACCUGCAUCAGCAACAGCAACAACAACAGCAGCAGCAACAGCAACAGCAGCAACAUCAUGCUGCUCAGUUGGCUCACACGCUGUCAUCAGCAGCAGCAGCUGCUGCUGCCGCCGCUUCCAACACCAACACUCACUCGAUCUUUGGCACCGGCAACUUCCACUACAAGACGAACAACUCGUGGACGCUGCCAACGUUGAACUAUCAGCGCAUCUAUCAGGACUCGCCGCAUUAUCACCAGCGCAACACUUUCAUGGAGGGGCAGGCCGCAAAUGUUGGCAGUGCAGCCAAUGAGUCGGCAGCAACGGCUGCUGCGGCUGCUGCAACUGCUGCUGCUGCCGCUGCGGCGGCGGCGGCAACAAAUGUCAGCUGCAACAAUCCGAUUGCUGUCAUUGCCAAUAAUACUAAUAACAACAACAACAGCAGCAGCAGCAAUAACAAUACCAGCAACAACAGCAGCAACAACAAUAACACCAGCAGCAACAAUAACAACAACAGCAACAUCUCGCCAGUGCAACACGUGGCAACAGCGGUUGCCGCUGCAGCCAUCGCCAAUGAUCAUCAAAACCAUUUGAACAGCUUAAAAGCACGCUUUCAACCAUCCAGCUCAGGCAGGAAAUCUCCAUUUUUGGGUUUCAUUUGCAAAGCAAACGGCAAAUCCACAUCGAAUAGCAAAGAAAUCAUAUAUCCGGAGGACAGGUGCAGGGAGGAGGGCGACAUUUGGAAUGUAGAGGAGCAAAGAGCAUAUUUAGGCCAGCAAAGUGGGACAAAGACAAGACCCUCCGAUGAUGACCUCAAGGUAACACAAUAUGCGGACCUAGAUGAGUUCUUGUCGGAGAAUAAUAUACCUGACGGCCUGCCCGGCCCCCAUUUGGGGCACUCCGGUGGCCUCGGUCAUCGAUCCGACUCACUGAGCCAUGCAGCGGGUCUGUCCCUGGGUCUCGGACAUAUAACAACAAAACGCGAGCGAUCGCCAUCGCCAUCGGAUUGCAUUAGUCCCGAUACGCUAAAUCCCCCAUCGCCGGCCGAAUCAACAUUUUCAUUCGCAUCGUCGGGGCGUGACUUUGAUCCGCGCACCAGAGCAUUCUCCGAUGAAGAGCUCAAACCGCAGCCGAUGAUUAAAAAGUCACGCAAACAAUUUGUUCCAGAUGAGCUCAAGGACGACAAGUACUGGGCCCGCAGGCGAAAGAACAACAUUGCCGCCAAAAGAUCCCGGGAUGCGCGCCGCCAAAAGGAGAAUCAAAUUGCGAUGCGUGCCCGCUACUUGGAAAAGGAAAACGCAACAUUACAUCAGGAGGUGGAGCAGCUAAAACAGGAGAACAUGGACUUGCGUGCACGUCUAUCCAAAUUCCAGGAUGUGUAAUAAUAAUUAAAGGAAAAUACAAACAAAUGUGACUUGAUGCGAUACGAAACCACAUCAACAAUUACAUUAUAAUAAUAAUAAUAAUAAUAAUAAUUAUUGUUUAUCGAUAAUUGAUAAAUACCACUAAUAACUCUUAGUAAAACAGACAUGAAAACUACACUAUAGAUACCAUGCAUAUUCCUAUGCAACCUAUAUAUAUAUCUGUAUAUAUAUAGUCAGUCACACACACGCAUCCACACACUGCUUACACACACACACACCACACACACAUUUGUACGCAGCGGCCUGCACCGCAUAUUUAUUUAAAACUUAAAAAGUAACAGAAAGAAAAACAACAAAAACGAAAUGCAAAUUAACUAAAACAUUUAACUUACAUUUUUAGUGUAGCCUAAAGCAAACAAAAAUCAACUUCAAACAGCCGACUGCAAAUGUCUCUCACCAAUUAUAGCGAAAAGCAAGCAAAAAUCGAUAAAUAUCGAUCAAUCGAUAUGCGAUAACCAGCAAAGUGCAACCGUUAAGCAAAAUGUACCGUUAAGGUUGACUCUGGGCUGAUAACUGAAACCUGAAACCCUGUUAUCUAGGAGUUGUUAAUUUUUACGUAGCUUCUUUUGUUAUUACUUAGUUUGUAGCAAACCAGAGUUCUAAACCCUUAAACAUAUAUAUAUAUAUAUAUAUAUAUAUAUGUGCACCAAUUUUCUAAGUUUUUAAAUAAUUUUGUUAAGGUUUAUUAGUUCAUAUUUUUUGCUUUUCUCCUUUUUAGCAUAAAUCGUGCAUCCAUAUGUAAAUAAUUUCGUUGCCUCCUUUUUCAAUUUGACUCUACACAAAAAAUCAAACAAAAAAUUGCAAAAUGAAAACCCCCAAAAAAAAACAACAA